UUUUUCUUUUUGUUUGUUGCAAGUUUUAAUUUUCUUUAAACUCUUUUUAGAUUAUUUUCGUAACAUGCAAAGUGGAAAUUUGCGUUAUCCACCAGUCAGAUUUAUGCGAAUUAUUGAAUCAACACCUAAUUCUUUAAAUCGAACUUCUAGACGUCUUGAAAUAAUGGUUUCUAAGCAGACUACAAGGGUCGCUGCUGUCUCCUCUCGUCUGGAAUGGAGAAUUGAUCAUUUUGAAAAGUUAAUGAAGUUGAUGAAGAAUGGGCAAAAUCUGAUAAGCAAACAGUUCGCUUGUUCAACCUGUCCAUCUGUAAUUUGGGAAUUACAUGUUUAUCCAAAUGGAAAGAGAGAGGAGGAUGUUAAUAAUGUUUCUUUUUUUCUUCGCCAAGUGGGCCUUCAACGUGGGGAAGAUCCUGUAAUGACCGAAUUUCAAAUUUAUGCUUUGGAUGCUAGUGAUUGUCGUAUUAGUGUUUGCAGAGAUACAAAGGAUUUUUCAAAUCAACAAGGCCGUGGGAAAUUUCAAGUACAACGAGACAAAAUGUUGACAGCUCUACGUCCGGAUGGUUCUUUAUUGUUAUUUUGCGAAGUCGAAUUUCUUCCUCCUGGCAUAAAAUUAAAUGUGGAAAAAGAAGAUGAUGAAAUUGUGGAAGAAGCAAAUAUGGAUUCCUCCGUUUGGGUGCAGGAAUCGUUGAGAGAAAUGUGGCAGCAAGAGACUUUUACUGAUUGUAUUAUUCAGGUUGGAAGUGCACGAAUGAAUGCUCACAGAUGUAUUCUUGCACAACACAGCGUUGUUUUCCGUUCAAUGUUUGCGCAAAAGUCGAUGUUGGAGGCUCAAAAUGGGCAAAUUAGCAUAACAGAUUCUCGUCCUGAAUAUGUUCGUGCCAUGCUUCAAUUUAUUUACACGGGUUCAGUGGACAAAAGUGCUUUGGAAAAUUUUGCGGAAGGCAUUCUCGCUAUAGCUGAUAAAUAUGCUGCCUGUAUUAAAUACAUUUCUUCAAAUCACAAAACAUUUUUGAGAAGUCCUGAAUGGAAAGAAUUGAAAGCUGUUAGAGGACAACUUGCAAAUGAAUUGUUAGAAGCUGUGCUAGAUCAAAAUGGGAGUGAAGGGAUUGAUUUGAGUAGCAGUUUUGAAACUGGAGGGACUACAGAACCAAGUACUGGUGGAGGAGGUGCUGGUAGUACUGGUGGAAGUGGAGGUGGAGGAAGUACUGGUAGCAGUUUAAGUAUGAGUACCCCAGCAAAUCUUUACGGCGUUGGUGUCUUCUCGCCUAGCAGCAAUAUAUCUCGCAAUAAUUCUACUUCUGCUUUAGCCUCAUUUUCAUUAAAUACAAGUGGUGGAACUUCUACUUCAUCGUCAUUACCGUCAGUGUCUAAUUCUACAGCAGGUUCUCAAUUAUUUUUAAUUAAAAAAAAACUUUUUAAAGCCUCUUCCUCGCUACUUUAUGCUUCACAGCCUUCUCAAGUUUGUCCAACAUCAUCAUCAGCUCUUUCAACUCCAACAACUUCAUCUUCAACUACCAACGCCAACAACGUCGAAAACAAUGCAAGUACUAGCAGCUCUUCUUCAAAUCCCCAACCAACGCAACAAGCACAGGCUGAGGAGGAUUCUCGUGCACCUGUCAGAAAACGCCCGCGCAGAAAGAUUUGA